AUGCGGUUGAAGCACAUUUAUCUCGCAAAUAUAGACAUGUUUUUUUUCCCAAUUUGCCGAGUGAUGAAAUAUCACGUUAUUUGCGUGGACGUGAGGAAGGAAAGAGUCUAUAUCUUGGAUAGCCAGAAUGAAACCGUCGAGAACUGUCGGGAUGAGAAGUACUCGACUACAGUUGAUCUUGUGAAAAGUAUGCUAGCGGAUUAUAUGGCACAUGCAGGGCAAAUACAUAAAAGCAAUAUUGUGAAACGCUGUAAGUUAUCUGUGAUGCAUAUAAAAUGGGGCGAUUUUAAGAAUAUCAAUGACACAGGUGUGUACAUGAUGAGGCACAUGGAAACUUUUAUGGGUGAAUCGUCUGCGUUGUGGACAUGUGGUUUGGCGCCAAAGUUAAAGAAACAGCUGAAUCUUUUGCGUGUUAGAUAUUGUGCAUCGCUUCUUGGGUGGGACAAGAACAGUACUAAAGAUGCAGUUUCAGUGAGUGCUAAUGCAAGAUUUGAUACAUAUUUCGGAGAUGCAAGUGUGAACAUUGACGCAAAGCUGCUCGGUUGA